GAUUUCACCACUUGGCAAGUUCGUUUUGUAAAUCCCCUUACAUAAUUGCAUCAGGUUGGUGAUUUUAAGGACUUCAAGGAACUGUCGGUUGCUCUUCUGAAGAUCAUCAUACUUGCUGCUGACACUAAACAAGAGCUCUGGAAGAUGGAGGAUGCAGAUGGAUAUAUGAGCAUAGACCCGGGAAGAAGGGAACCGUUCAAAACACCACCCGCUCCCAAAGACACCAAAGGUCGUAAUUGCAACCUUCCUUGGUGGAAAAUUGGUUUUGGCAUUGCAGUGGCAGGAAACAUUGUUCUGGGCAUCGUUCUGAUUCUUCUCACUCUUCCUGGUUCCCAGAUUGCAUCUGAGGCAAGACUUCCACACAAUGAGAUACAGAGCUGUCUGCGAAAAUGUGUUCCCUGCAAUACGGCUAAGAAGAGCACAAUAGCAAACCUGACUCUGGACCCAAAGACCGCUCACCCCCAGCUCUACGUGUCUGCGGAUCUGAAAAGCGUGAAAUGGAAAGACAUGAAACAAGAAGUGAAUAGCAGCCCUUUCAGAUACAAUGUUCUGGCCAGCGUCCUAAGCCAUCAGAGCUUCACCUCGGGGAGAAAUUGCUGGGAAGUGGAGUUGGUGGAGCGUGGAGAGUGGUGGGGUGUUGGAGUCGUCAGGGCCAGUGCAAACAGAAAUGGGCCAAUUGUACUCAACCCUGGUGGAGGGUACUGGGGCGUACAGCUUAUUGACGGACAGUACCAGUCCAUCACUGAACCUAGGACAAACCUGUCCUUGUGCCACCGACCCAGUAGAAUCCGGGUUUAUCUCGACUACUCGGAGGGGCUGGUGGAGUUUUUCGAUGGUGAUACUAGUGCCCAAAUCUUCGCUUUUCCAAAAGUCAAGUUCGCCGGAGAACCAAUCUAUGCUUGGUUCUUGAUCUACGGGUGGAAUGGGGAGCUCAUGGUCCAUCCAUGAGAUACAGGAACAUGCUAUUGGUUUCAGGAAGCUCCUCUAAGAUCUCAGUCUCUGCGGAGGGUUCUGGGCAUGAGCCCCACUUUCCUGUGGGGACAUCCUUCAGGUCCCUGCAUCAACCAUGUAAAGCAGAUACUGGGGAGGUGUUGCUCUCCAGACAGGGCUGUUUAUUUAUGGAGCAGGGCCAUGUAGAAAAUGUACCGUUCAAAGUGUUUUGUGGCAUUAUUGAA